CUUAAAUAGUAAAAAACUUUAAAAAAGCUACCAUUAAAGUCAAGGAAAACAAUAAGAUAAAUACGUUUACUUUAUAAUUUUGUAUAAUUUCUUGUUACAAUACAGAAUAAAAAAGAUGAAUUAAAAACACUUUUAUUGUUGUUUUGUAGCCAUAGAUUGAAUACAAGAAACAAGUUUUUUUGGUUUCAUUUUCCAACACAUCGGAGCUUACCAAUAAAAUAUGUGGGCGUCUCUCUUAUUGAGCUGUUGAGUGCCCUCAGUUUACAAAUCACAACUGUCUGAGAAUAGCAGGAGGAGAGAGAGAGAGAGAGAGAGAGAGAGAGAGAGAGAGAGAGAAUGGGGUGGUUUCCAUGCUCUGGACAUUCAAAGCCAACAUCAAAGAAGAAGAAGAGGAAGAAGAAUCGCUCACUCGAUCCGAUUCAACCCUCCUCAGUGAGCAUUAGGUCAAAUCCAUCAUUCAAAUCAAAGGAAGGAGCGAUCAAAGAUGGGGGAUCAGGUCAUAUUGCCGCUCAAACAUUCACAUUCCGUGAACUGGCAGCUGCAACUAAAAAUUUCAGGGGUGGUGAUUGUCUUCUCGGAGAAGGAGGCUUUGGUAGAGUAUACAAAGGCCGACUUGAAAGUUCUAAUCAAAUUGUAGCCAUCAAGCAACUAGAUCGCAAUGGACUUCAAGGAAACCGUGAAUUCCUAGUAGAAGUGUUGAUGUUAGGGUUGCUUCAUCACCCAAAUCUUGUGAACCUAAUCGGUUAUUGUGCUGAUGGAGAUCAACGACUACUGGUUUAUGAAUACAUGCCUCUUGGAUCUCUUGAUGACCAUCUCCAUGAUCCGUUACCUGGCAAGAAACGAGUGGAUUGGAAUACAAGAAUGAAAAUUGCUGCUGGAGCUGCGAAAGGGCUGGAAUAUCUUCAUGAUAAAGCAAGUCCACCUGUAAUAUAUCGGGAUUUAAAAUGCUCAAAUAUAUUACUUGGGGAAAAUUAUCACCCAAAACUUUCUGAUUUUGGGUUAGCAAAACUUGGGCCAGUGGGGGACAACACACACGUGUCGACACGUGUGAUGGGUACAUAUGGAUACUGUGCUCCGGAAUACGCGAUGACUGGACAAUUAACCCUAAAAUCAGACGUGUACAGCUUUGGUGUUGUCCUUUUGGAGAUCAUCACAGGCCGAAAAGCAAUUGAUAAUUCCAAAACAGGAGGCGAGCAGAAUUUGGUUGCAUGGGCAAGACCUUUGUUUAAAGACCGAAGAAAGUUUUGUCAGAUAGCGGAUCCAUCACUUGAGGGCCAGUACCCAACACGGGGUCUGUUUCAGGCUCUUGCGGUUGCAGCCAUGUGUGUCCAGGAUCAACCCAACAUGCGACCCGUUAUAGCCGAUGUCGUUACAGCCUUGACCUAUCUUGCUUCACAGAAAUACGACCCGAUUUCAAACCCGAACCCGAACCCGAACCCAAACCCACGGUGGUCGCCUUCCACUCCUCCAAGAUCAAAACGUGACAAUCAUAAAAAACAGGGCGGCAGUAGCGGCGGCAGCAGCGGCAGUGUGAGCACCAGUGGAUCUGAGAAAAAUCACACCAAAAAUUUCUUUUAAGGUUUUGGAGUUUCAUCAUCAUAUCAUAUGUAUGUUGAGUCCUGCUUUAUCAUCUUGCUGUACAGUAGUUAUAUAAUUAUGUUAGAUACGUGUAUAUUUAUAUAUUUAUUAAUUUUAUGUAGACAAACAGCAUCUGUUUGAUUUAUAUGUCAUAAAGGUUUGUAGUAGUGGACACUGGACAGGUAUAUCUAUUUUCUACUGGAUUAUCAGUUGUUACUAUGUUUUUAUUUUUCGGUUGUAUGUGUUGAUAAAUGGUUUUACUUAUAGGCAUGUUUAUAUUAUUCUUAAGUUGUGUUGCU